GGGGAGGGGCGUCCUGACCCUAGGAAGGUUACAGGCAUGCUUUAUACUGGCGGUUUCCUGGUACAGUGAUCAGGCUGUAGUGUCUGAUGACAGAUAACCACAAUAAUUAUAGCGAUUAGUUUACGUUCUUUCCCAUGGAUUCUGGCAAAGCAGAAGAACCCUUUCUGCGGCAUGUUGAAAAAGAUGUGCUGAUUCCCAAGAUUAUGCGGGAGAAGGCCCGAGUACUGUGCUCUGAAAAAGUAGAUGCUUUCUCAAAAUGUUGCCAAGAAACUGGUUUUCUGAUGGUGGUGAAAUGUCGAGAUGAAAAUAGAGCAUUGAAGGAAUGUCUUACAGAACAAUACAGCGAUCCUGCUUUAUAUGAAGAAUGUAAACAAGAAUAUUUAAAAGAGAGAGAAGAGUUCAGAAAAACAGGAAUUCCUUCAAAGAAACGGGAACAGAAAGUACCAACCAGCAUGUAGUGUUGUGAUAAAUUAUAUGUAAUAUGUUUGUGAGACUUUACAGUAUCUUCAAUAAAAAUUAGUAUUUUUCAGUU